CAGUCAUCCUCUAUGUUUGUAUGUGGGGCGCUGCCGCAGCAUGGCUUGAUGAGCGGUGUGUAGUCUGUACUCGGGGUCUUAACCCACAAACCCCUGGCCACUGAAGCUGAGUGGGCGAACUUAACCGCUACACCACCGGGCUGGCCCCCCCAAGCUAUUUUAUUUUGAGCAAGAAUUCAUUUGUGUUUAUCUGUUUAUGCAACAGUUAAUAAGUUAGUUUUCCUUUUCCUUAUAUCUGAAAGCAGCCUGAAUGCAUCUUUUAAUGCCAGAACUUCCAAAAGUAUCUAUCAUAGGCCAUUACAACACAUGACAUCAGUUAGGAAUCGUUGCUAAUCCUAGAUUUGUCUUUCAGUAGUAAAAUAACCUGUUAUUUGGAUAAAGAUUUCACUCUUUCAAAAUCCUUGGUUUUAAGGCACAAUAGAGAGUUCACUGAGAAAAGAGCCCAGUCUCAAUUUUGUUUAUUUAAAAAAUCUUAACAUUUAAAAAAUCACAUUGUGGGUGGCCAGGUGGUACGACUUUUUCUGCAUACAAGUGGAGAGUACUUUAACCCGGUCUUUAUGUUAGCGGGUUGCUCAGUCAUGCUUCCAGUAUCAGUAUCUCUGGGCUAAUGUAUGCAGGCCUCCCACUGUGCAGAGACUGACCACCUUGCUCUGACACCACACUCUCUGCCUGGGAUAACAUUUUCCAUGACUGUGGGCUCACUCAAUUUCAUCUGGCCACAUCCAUAUUCCUAAUGAAGAUGGGGUUUUUCCAAAAGGUGGGGACUGGUGUUGGAUGACCACAUUUUCAUUGGAAACUCCUGUGUUGGGUAAUUAAAACACUAAAUUUGACAAGUAAAUGUUACACUUGGAAAGGAAAUUAAAGAAAAAAUUUUUUAACCAAAGGAAGAUGUUUGGGAUGAAUUGUCUAAAACUGUCUUCUACUAUUUGGUUCUUAGUUACUUUCUGUUUUCUUUCCCAAAUGUACGUGGAUGUUGAUGAAUCCUAGAAAUAACUUCCACUAAGUGAUCUUAGCUUUAGCCACUGCACAGAUAGGCAGAAUAUCAAUUUCCAUCUGGGAUCUUCUUUUAAAGGAAUUGAGGAAUUUAGUGGAGAAAUCUUCAACUCCAUUUAAGGAUAGUCUCUUCCUGAAGGAAGCUUAUUAGCUCCUCAGGAUUGAUAAGCCUCAAAAUGCAGAGAUUAUAUAUUUCCUGGGAGUCAAAAAAGUUCAUCUGAGGCUGUAUAGAGAAAAACAAAUGGCUUGAACAAAUGAGAAAGAAGCUCUUUCUUGGGAGGAGUCAUUUCGACUGGAGUAUCAUAGCUAUCACCACCUUCUUGAGACUUGUGUGCACAAAGUAUGAAUGGUCAGGUGGAAUCUGUCCUACUGGAAGUCUAGCCACUACGUUUCUACUAUAGGUAAAUUAUAAGCUUUUAAAACGAUAUCCAGGUGUGCCCAUAUCUCCAGGAGUCACAAUCUAUUGCUGUAUAAGUUCUUAUUGGUUUCUUAUUCCUUAUUUACAUUUAUCUUAAUUAAGUUGCCUAAGGAGAUGUCUAAGAGAGAGUAGAUAUUAUUCAUUGAUGCCUUAUCCACACAUUGGCUCAAUCUUCUAAACUCAUAUUUCCUUUAGUAUUACCUUUAUCUUGUAAUAAUCAUUAUGGAGUCUACUCUGUUAUAAAUUCCCUGUGGCAUUUCAUUUUGCAGUUAGUAUACUUUUAAAUGUCAUGAAGUAUAUAGAAUUACAUAAGUUGUCAAAGGCAUCUCAUUAAUAUGAAGUCCAUGAUGUUUUAAAAUUUUAAUUUUGUCUCUCACUUUAAAAUUAGCUACUGCUUUUCAAGAUUCAUCAAAGCACUAACUGGCAUAUUGAUAUAUUUAAUUAUUCCCUAAAUCCAUGCUUUUCCAAAACAAUCUUAAAUGUUUACUUGCUUCAUCAUGAACUGGUACAAUAGAAUCAAUUAGAAAUUAUGUAAGUUUGACAUUAACAAAUAUCAUUAAUGUAACACCUCAUAUUACUUGAUUGUUAAUUUAAAAUAUUCACUUAUUCAUUAAAACAUUAAUUGACAAUUUAUUUUAUUCUAAAUAUGAAUGAUAAAAUAUGAGUAAGUUACAAUCCUGGCUUGCAUUCAAUGAGUACAUGGGAAAAAAACUGAUAUUAAAUCUUUUCUCCUAAUACUUAAAUCAUGUUUGAUUUCACUUAAAAAGGGUCUGACUAUAAGCAAAAUAUUGGACGUUCUCUUCCCGCUCUAAAUUCAACUUCUCCCCAUGAGUUUUCUCUGCUCAACUUCUAAAUUCUCAGAGCACUCAUGCCUCUCAUUGACUUCACAGAGAUCUUUAGGAUAUUUCAUUGCCUCAUCUUACAUACGUCGAGUAGUGAAUCACGUUCCAAAGUUAUUUUUCUCUCUUUACUCAUUGUUUAAGUCAUGAAUUCUUUCAAGUAAUAGCUUUUUAAGAAACCGGAAUCCAGAAAUUCAUCCAUGGUGGAGAUCAUUAAAAACACAAUUAUUUUAUAUUGUGAACAUUUUAGCAUAUCCAGGUAAAUUGAAAGACAUAAAUGAUGUGCAAAUUUCUUAAACGAAUAUACUCUUAUUUGGUGUGAUGUUAAUGUACUAACUACCCAAAUCACACAAUAUUUUCAUGUAGCAAAAAACAAAUUUACAAAAGAACUGCACUGUAAAAGACUGACUUCUGGCAUCUUUACGUAGAUAAACUUCAGACAGAUAACAAGGAUAUAGUCAUCGGAUAAAAGAUACAAGAUUGGUUUAUAUACAUUCUAUAAAUUAAUAAGCAUAAGUGAACAUAUUUUGUAAAUGAACGUUUUCCAUAAUAAUAUAGAAGUAAAUUGUAUAUAUAUGAAUAUAUACACACACAUAUUUUCAAUCUCUUGAUGUUUUGAUGGUCACAAAUAUCAAGGGUAUGAUUUUUGUAUGAAAUGUGGACUCUGAGGCCAAGUGGUUAAAUUUACGAGUCUUGGAUCAGAUUGAGAUCCCACCCAACACGACCGGUUAAUAUUCUUUUAAGUUACUUAACCUAUAUGUGUUUCCACUUCUUUGUCCGUAAAAAGGAAAUCAUCUUAAUACCUACCUCAGAAGGUUGUUGUGAAAAUUUAAUGGGAUAAGCCCAUUAAAACAAAUAGAACAGUGCUUGUCACAUGGGAAAUAUUUCUAAUAGAUGUCCACUACUGUUAAAACAGUAAUCACUGUUUUACUAUAUUUUACUGUGUCAUGGAUUGGCAUAAUUGAAAGUGAUAAGUUAGUAUAAAAAUUCUAAGGAUAUAUUUUGGUAAAAUAUAAAGAUUUUGAGGAGUCCUUGAAGGAAAUUACAUUGAAAAUAGAAAUUUGGGGAAAGUACAAACGAAGUAAAAGGAAAAGAAGAUAAUCACAUUUAAUACUUACACAUUUAGCCACAUGAUGUCGCUGUCCACCACAAGGUCUUUCACGACAAAAGAAAUACAGCGUGCGUUACGUACUCAGACACUCCAUUUCCUCACCAUCUAUGAAAUACAGCCAUGGUAUGGUUAUUUAAGAAAUGAAGAACAAGGAGCUCAAAUUAUUUUUUUAAUUUUGGAUCCAUGCAAGAGGGACCCAAUAUUUGGAAAAGGCUUGCAAUGGUGUUUUCCUGGAGAGAAGGUCCGGGAGUUCGCCGACUACUGCUUUCGCUUCUGCUCCUCGCGGUAUGGGAGGCCAGUAGCGGCCAGGUCCACUACUCGGUCCCCGAGGAGGCCAAACACGGCACCUUCGUGGGCCGCAUCGCCCAGGACCUGGGGCUAGAGCUGGCGGAGCUGGUGCCGCGCCUGUUCCGGGUGGCGUCCAAAGGCCGCGGGGAUCUUCUGGAGGUAAAUCUGCAGAAUGGCAUUUUGUUUGUGAAUUCUCGGAUCGAUCGCGAGGAGCUGUGCGGGCGGAGCCUGGAGUGCAGCAUCCACCUGGAGGUGAUCGUGGACCGGCCGCUGCAGGUUUUCCAUGUGGAGGUGGAGGUGAGGGACAUUAACGACAACCAGCCGGUUUUCCCAAUGUCAGUAAAAAAUUUGUUUAUUUACGAAUCCCGGCCGCCUGGUUCUCGGAUUCCGCUAGAGGGCGCAACAGAUGCAGAUAUCGGAGUAAAUUCACUGUUGACCUAUACUCUUAACUCCAAUGACUAUUUUACCUUGGAUGUUAAAAGAAAUGAUGAGGAAAUUAAAUCCCUUGGGCUCGUGUUGAAAAAACCUUUAAAUCGAGAGGACACUCCUGAGCAUCAGUUAAUAAUAACGGCAGUUGAUGGUGGGAAACCAGAGCUCACUGGUACUACUCAAGUGAAGAUCACCAUUCUGGAUGUAAACGACAACGCCCCAGAGUUUGAGAGGACGGUCUAUAAAGUCAAGUUACUCGAAAAUGCACCAAACGGCACCCUAGCAGUGAUUGUUAACGCCUCUGAUUUGGAUGAAGGAAUAAAUAAGGACAUCGUAUAUUCUUUCAAUACAGACAUGUCGGCAGAUAUUCUGUCGAAAUUCCACUUAGACCCAGUUAAUGGAUACAUCAGUGUAAAGGGUAACAUAGAUUUUGAGGAAACUAAGUUAUAUGAAAUCCAAGUAGAAGCGAGAGAUAAAGGAAUUCCCCCGAUGGCAGAUCACUGCACGGUUCUAGUAGAAAUUUUGGACGCCAAUGAUAAUAUUCCUGAGUUGGUUAUCAAAUCACUAUCGUUACCCGUACUUGAAGACGCUCCACUUGGCACAGUCAUUGCCCUGAUCAGCGUGUCCGACCGAGACUCUGGUGCAAACGGGCAGGUCAUUUGUACCCUGACUCCUCAUGCCCCCUUCAAGCUGGUGUCCACUUUCAAGAAUUACUAUUCGCUGGUGCUGGACAGCGCCUUGGACCACGAGAGCAUGACGAACUAUGAGGUGGUGGUGACAGCGCGAGACGGGGGCUCGCCUUCACUGUCGGCCACAGCCAGGGUGUCCGUGGAGGUGGCCGACGUGAACGAUAACGCACCGGCGUUCGCGCAGCCCGAGUACACGGUGUUCGUGAAGGAGAAUAACCCGCCGGGCAGCCACAUCUUCACGGUGUCUGCGUGGGACGCGGACGCGCAGGAGAACGCGCGGGUGUCCUACUCGCUGGUGGAGCGGCGCGUGGGCGAGCGUGCGCUGUCGAGCUACGUGUCGGUGCACGCGGAGAGCGGCAAGGUGUACGCGCUGCAGCCGCUGGACCACGAGGAGCUGGAGCUGCUGCAGUUCCAGGUGAGCGCGCGCGACGCGGGCGUGCCGCCUCUGGGCAGCAACGUGACGCUGCAGGUGUUCGUGCUGGACGAGAACGACAACGCGCCCGCGCUGCUGCCGCCUGGGGCGGGCGGCGGGGCCGGCGCGGUGAGCGAGCUGGUGUCGCGGUCGGUGGGCGCGGGCCACGUGGUGGCGAAGGUGCGCGCGGUGGACGCGGACUCUGGCUACAACGCGUGGCUGUCUUUCGAGCUGCAGCCGGCGGCGGGUGGCGGGCGCAGCCCGUUCCGCGUGGGGCUGUACACGGGCGAGAUCAGCACGACUCGCGCCCUGGACGAGGCGGACGCGCCGCGCCAGCGCCUGUUGGUGCUGGUGAAGGAUCACGGCGAGCCGGCGCUGACGGCCACGGCCACCGUGCUGCUGUCUCUGGUGGAGAGUGGCCAGGCGCCAAAGGCUUCGUCGCGGGCGUCGGUGGGCUCCGCGAGCGCAGAGACGGCGCUGGUGGAUGUCAACGUGUAUCUGAUCGUCGCCAUCUGCGCGGUGUCCAGCCUGUUGGUGCUCACGCUGCUGCUGUACGUGGCGCUGCGGUGCUCGGCGCCGCCCACCGAGGGCGUGUUCGGGCCGGGGAAGCCCAGGCUGGUGUGCUCCAGCGCGGUGGAGAGCUGGUCCUACUCGAAGCAGAGGAGGCAGAGGUGUGCUCUGGGGAGGGGCCACCGAAGGCGGACCUCAUGGCCUUUAGCCCAAGCCUUCCACCGGGUCCGGUUAACGGGCAUAUAGAAGAACAGCUGGAUGUGGAUGUUGAUUUUUCUUCAAAACCACGACAGCCCAAUCCUGACUGGCGUUACUCUGCCUCCCUGAGAGCAGGAAUGCACAGCUCUGUGCACCUGGAGGAGGCUGGCAUUCUAC